UACAAUCAAUGGCUUCUUCUUCUCUCUUCUUCAGUCACCCUCUUCCCUGUCCUUCACCUGCUCGUUAUUUCUCUUCUGCCAAGAAAAAUCUCAUCUCAUCAAUUAGAUGUUCUUCUGCUAGUACUCAGCGCCAAGAACUUUUUAACCGCAUUGCUCCUGUUUACGAUAAUUUGAAUGAUUUGUUGAGCUUGGGGCAACACCGUGUAUGGAAACGAAUGGCUAUUUCAUGGAGUGGCGCAAGAAAGGGGGACUGUGUAUUGGAUAUUUGUUGUGGAAGUGGAGAUUUAACUUUUCUUUUGUCUGAUAAGAUCGGUUCUCAAGGGAAGGUUACUGGUCUUGAUUUCUCCAGCGAACAAUUGUCGGUAGCUGCACAUAGGCAGGGAUUACUUGAAAAACCAUGCUACCAGAACAUUGUGUGGGUUGAAGGUGAUGCACUUUUUUUACCUUUCCCUGAUAACUACUUUGACGCAAUCACUGUUGGUUUUGGUCUGCGGAACAUUGUAGAUAGACGUAAGGCAAUGAGUGAAAUGCUUCGGGUUCUAAAACCAGGUUCUAAGGCAUCCAUACUGGACUUCAAUAAGAGUACACAGCCACUUACUACCUCAGUUCAGGAGUGGAUGAUAGAAAACGUUGUCGUUCCAGCUGCAAACAGUUAUGGCCUUGCAAAAGAAUACAAAUACUUAAAAAGCUCAAUACGUGAUUUCUUAACAGGGAAGGAAUUGGAGGAACUAUCAUUGGAAGUGGGGUUUUCUUGCGCAAAGCAUUAUGAAAUUGGUGGUGGUCUGAUGGGAAACUUAGUGGCGACUCGUUAGAUGGUUGUCUACUACAGUAUCUUUUGCCAGUUUCCCAAUCUCAUUGAGUAAUUGGGUGCAAAUCUAAAGAGUUAGUCUUGGUAAUGGCAUGGCAGAAAUGGUAAGACGACAUUUUUUUCCACAAUUAGUUCAGUUAUAUAGGCACACUUCACUAAAUGCCAGUCUGAUUAGUCGAACAAUAUGGAUGCAAGACCAUGAAUGUUGGCAGUCCGAAGUUCAAAGGGGAAAUAGAAUCUACCAUUCUGGUCACUUUUCAUGUUUCUGAGUUUUGGCAUGCAUCUUUGUUACCAAUUUCUUCAUUUAAUUGAACCAAAUGUAUUGCCAUCUGCUGUAAAAAGAAUUUAUAGACCAGGAUAUAUGUACAAUUGUCGCUCAUGAGACCUCUAUUAUUGAUUCACGGAUCACAUGAACGGAGUUGAGUUUGAUCCACAUGACAAAAAGACCAUCUUGUUUGAUCAUUUUUUA